AUGGCGGCGAAAACAGUUUGUGUUGUGGGCUCUGGUGCCGCAGGUUUGAUCACUGCGAAGACGCUCCUCGACGAUGGGUUUGCUGUUGAGAUCCUUUCGAAAGACCGCACUGCUGGAGGAGUGUGGGCAGCUGAUAGAGUUUACCCGGGGCUGUAUACAAACAACGUCAAUGGGGAAUACGAAUUCUCGGCGAUGCCUAUGCAUCUGCAACGUAUCAAGGAACGUCCUUCAGGUACGGAGAUGCGCCAGUACAUGGAAGCUUUCGCAGAUCGUUUCCUCAAUGGCAAGAUUCGAUUCAAUACGCAAGUUGUUAACAUCCAUCGAUGGGACCAAGGUAACAACCAAGAAGCUGUUAAGGGAUGGGCCAUUUCGGUGCAGAACAGUGAUGGAACGGCGGAGCAGUUGUUCUAUGAUAUCGUCGUCCUUUGUUCAGGAGGAUGCAGUCUACCACGAAUACCCCCCGAACUUUCAAGCGCAGCCGCCCAGAAGGCGGGUUUUGUUGGUCAAGUGGUUCACUCGUUCGAAUUCGCUUCUCGACUGGACGACAUCAUCUCUGCAGUCAAGCCUAUAGAUGAUCCCAACCCAGGUCACGUAGUAGUGGUCGGAGGCGGAAAGUCAGCCCAAGAUAUCGCUGCGUACUUGGCGAACGAGGGCCGGAAAGUUUCGAUCGCAUUCGAGACUGCAGAUGGAAUCAUAGCCGCGCCUAUCCCUCUUCCCCACUUCAUUCGCAAGAGCAGGCAGGUUUCUACGCUGAUAUUUGGUGUUUCUUCUAAACUAUCAGUAUCUUCACUAUGUAGGCUCCUCGGUCUCAUGGCAACACAUAUUCAUCUGAGGACUGCAUUAGAAAAAUUUUUACAUACUACCUGGUUAGGUAGUAAAAUCGUUUCUGGUUUUUGGGACACACUCAGUUGGGCUUCAGGAAAAUUCCUUUCGAUACCCAGUACUUCUCCUCUACUCACAUCCCACUCGCUCUUCUGGGGCAUUCGAACCAAUGACGAAGGCUCCCCUCGAUCAAAUGGUUUUCAUGCACUUGUUAAUGCGGGUAAAAUUCAGCUAGUCGCUUCUAAUCGCGUAUCUAGUUUUGGACCGGAUGGACACUCAGUCGUUCUACGGGACGGAAGCUCUGUGAGAGCUGAUGUGGUUGUGCUUUCAACCGGUUACACUUCUUCUUGGAAAGGGAUAUUUGACGAAGAGAUACUCCGUGAUUUCGGCCUUGAACGAGUUCGAAAUGAUUGUUUGAGCGAUGUGGGUAUUAAGGAGUCGGAAUGGCAGUUUUAUAAGACGCUGCAGAAUCCUCCGCAAUUGCCUUUGGGUAAUCAAGGACAGUGGAUGUCGUCAAUUUAUCGAGGUCUUGUUCCAGCUCGCAAUAUCCAACGACGUGAUUUUGCUAUCAAUGGUGCAGUGUUCACCACGAGUCCAGCUCACAUUUUUGAAGUGUCCUCCCACUGGAUAUCGUCGUAUCUCCUAUCUGAUCCCUUUCUCCGUCUCCCUUCCUCCCCGGAAGAUGCGCUCGUGGAGACAGAACGAGUCGCGAGAUGGGUCAAUAUUCGGAAUCCGGGUAUGUUAAAAUGGGUGAACGAGAGCUACAGCAGUGGGCUUAAUUUUUUCGACUAUGCACAAGCGUCGGACGAUCUCCUAGAAGACAUGGGUCUUCCCAUCCUGCGCAGUGGAGGUAACUGGUUUACAUGGCCAUUUAUACCCAUUUCCUCGAAGGAAAUCAAGGCUCUAGGCGAGGAACGGGCCAUAUUGAGAGCGUCAAAUACAACCAGAAAUUGA